CGUCAUUGUGCAGUUGCUGUUUGUCAGCUGUCUGAGCCAAAAGCAAGGCAGCAGCUGCAUGCCACUCUGUGCAAGUGAGAAUUCCAGCUCACACACAAAAACUCAUCCGAAAAAAAAAAAACAACUCGGGGGGGCCUCGUCCAUUCUCCUCGGAAAUGUUCACAAUGCACUGUCCUACUGACUCAAAAGACCAGGGACUUUGGAACAAGAUUCAUGUUGGCCAAAGGACUGAAACGCAAGCUGAGUGAUUACGAGGGAAAUAUGGCCGGUGUCCCUGGUGCCUUUGAUUCGAACCCAGGGCUGCCCUACACUUUGCAGAGACAGUUAGUACUCAACAUGUGCCUCGUCAAGUUGCAGAGCUGCAGAAUGCUGGUGGAACCCAACCUGCAUCGUUCUGUUCUCAUCGCGAAUACUGUACGACAAAUUCAGGAGGAGAUGAGGCAGGAGGGCAGUGGCAAUGGACCAAAUCCAAUUCCAGACACACACAUACUAUGUCAGGGCAGUAUUGAAAUAACUGGAUCACCUCCACUAAAUGCCUCUCCGGAUGCGAAUGGCUCUUCUGAUUCUUCAGAAAACCAGAUUGAGAAUGCGCUGGUGUUGGUUUCGGAUAAUGAUAUGUCGUCUGCCAUUUCAUCAAUCCUCAAAGAUUUGGAUUUCAUGGAGGACAUCAGCCCAUCCCCUUGCCCAACACCUGCAGGUGAAUGCGAUGGAAAUGUACCCUCACCUUUUGAAGACCGGCCCCAAGAAACACGUCCCGUGGAAACAGUGUUCGGCUCUUUUGAAAUCAGUAACUCAACAAGUUACCUAACAGACCUUGCUUUCGAUGACAUCUUUGAAGACAUUGACACGUCCAUGUACGACUCAGACUUGUGUUUACUUCCAUCAAUGUCCAAUAGAUCACCGCCAGCUGCUGCAGAUGAUGUUUCAAAACCCUUUCAGUUCUGUAAUUCAACAUCCGUGAACACCAUUCAGAUCUGCCGAGUAGACUUAAGUGAUCUGGAUCACAUCAUGGAGAUACUUGUAGGAUCUUAAUUCGUCACAAGACCAGUUCAAGUAUUGGGCGCUUGUCUUCCUAAUUAUGUCAAACUGUUUCAUCUGCACCAGUAUUGAUGGACAAAGUCACCAUCUGAACAAACGAUAAUUUAACCUUUCCAUAUCGUUGUGUAAAUAGAACAAUAUUCGACUACAAGGAACAUCUAGGAAAUCAGCAAUAUGGUUCUUGGAAGCUGAACUGCCGGCCAGUGUUGACUACUUCUGACUUGCAAACCAGAAAUGCGGCCAUAUUUGUUUUUUUAUGGUAUAAGAGUGUAUUUGAAAUUCAGGUACUUCUGCAAGACAGAAUAUCAAUUCAAUCAACUAGGUUUUCAAAGAGACUAAUUAUUUUGUUUCUGCACACCUACUGACAGUUUUCUGUCCUCAUCAGAACCGUGGGAGAAACUAAUAUUUUAAAGCCAUUUUGAAGAGCACAUUUAUCCUAUCAACUGGGGCACAUAUUGUGUUAUUUCCCUGAAGGUUUUUUAUAAGGUAUUCUUAUACCAACAAAGGCACCUUUAUCAAAAGGUUACAGGAAUGACAUUUAAGCUAUUUAUUUUUUUAGAAUUUUAUACUCUUAAAUCUCAAUGUUUGUUGUGUGUCUUGAUUGGGUUUAUUUUGAGUCUGACAUGUUUUGCUGUUGGAUUUGGCUUACACUACCUCUCCCAUGAUCUAACAAAGCUUUGUUGAAGAAAGAUAUGCUGUACGUGAGCAGAUGGCCUUGGAUUUUUAAUGAUGAAUCGUUUGAGGAAAGGUUACUUUAUGCAACAUUUCUUCAUGAAUGUCAAAAUCAACUUUAAUAUUUAUAUUUUGUUGUUAAAGGUCUUCAGUAUCAGGAAACAUAGUAUUAUGGAAACCAUUUGCUUGAUUUUGGGAUUUAAUAUGUUGGAUUAAAUUAAGUGCAUUGGAGGACUACAUACUACAGGAGGGGUGCCAGAGAAUGAUUCUGUCGUACUGGAACUGGAUGCUCUGCCCUCAAAACGAAUGUAUUACUUUUUCAUUUCUGUUCCCGAACAUGACCUAUCCCAAGCUCUUCCAUAAAUGACAGUAGAGGGAAUGCAUGUGGAUGGGAAUAAGGAAGUCUACAUGAAAAUUAAACCAAUUUGUGUUGGGAGAAUAAGCAAUCAUUUAGGUCGAGCAGAUUUUGUGAUUCGUACGCAGAAUUGGAUCUAUCAAUAAAGUGUAACGCUUUAAAUUAUCACAGUAAACUUAAACACUUUACUGAUCUUGUGCCUGUUUUAAAUUGAUGCUUUCUGUACACAGAAAUUCAUAACGUUUCAUCUCUGGAAUAAAUGUAAUUGAGAAAAGGA